GACGUCACCGCGCAGGAGCGAGGGGGCGACGGCGAGUGGAAGCUGCAAUAAACACACAGGGCGUCUGCGCCUAUCUAACUAGGACAAUAAAGUGCAAACAGCAUCAAUGCUUUAACAAUGGAUCUAUCCGAUAUGGUUCUCCUGAAACUUGUCCUCUUCGCCUACUUGCUGCACGACACUCUAGGACACUAUCGGAAUCCCCUUAACAAGUACAUCCGGCACUAUGAAGGCGUUUCCUACGAUACAGAGCUGGUACAUGGCAAACAUCAGAGAGCCAAAAGAGCACUCUCCCACCAAGACCAGUUUCUUCAUUUAGAUUUCCACGCCCAUGGAAGGCAUUUUAAUUUACGCUUGAAGAGAGAUACAACCCUGUUCGCUCCAGACUUGAAAGUGGACGUUUCAGGAGAAGAGUCGACAUACGAUACCUCUCACAUCUACACUGGAGAAAUAUAUGGUGAGAAAGGUACACUGGCACACGGCUCCAUCGUGAAUGGUAAAUUUGAGGGUUUCAUUCAGAGUUUCCACGGCAAUUAUUAUGUGGAGCCCACUGAGCGAUACCUGGAGGGCAAAGACGUGCCAUUCCACUCUGUCAUGUACCACGAGGACGACAUACACUAUCCUCAUAAGUAUGGCCCGGAGGGAGGCUGUGCUGAUCGCUCCGUGUUUGAGAAGAUGAAGCGGUACCAAGCCUCUGCUGUAGAAGAGCCGUCCAAGGCGCAACUCGGUCAGUCAGUUCUUAAUGAAUCUGUGAUGCUAAGAAAGAAGAGGAUGGCGCAAGCUGAGAAAAACACGUGCCAGCUCUUCAUCCAAACAGAUCACCUCUUCUUCAAGUAUUACAAGACAAGAGAGGCUGUCAUUGCUCAGAUCUCCAGUCACGUCAAGGCUAUUAAUGCCAUCUAUCAGGGCACAGACUUCUUAGGGAUUCGCAACAUCAGUUUCAUGGUGAAAAGAAUCAGGAUAAACACCACCAAUGAUGAGAAGGACAAGUCCAACCCGUUUCGCUUUGGGAACAUCGGAGUGGAGAAGUUCCUGGAGCUGAACUCCGAGCAGAACCACGAUGACUACUGUUUGGCUUACGUUUUCACUGACAGAGACUUUGAUGAUGGCGUCUUGGGUUUGGCCUGGGUCGGAGCCCCCUCAGGGAGUUCUGGAGGGAUCUGUGAAAAAAGCAAGUUGUACUCCGAUGGGAAGAAAAAGUCUCUCAACACAGGGAUUAUCACUGUCCAGAACUAUGCCUCUCACGUACCUCCCAAAGUCUCCCAUAUCACCUUUGCACAUGAAGUAGGGCACAACUUUGGCUCCCCGCAUGACUCUGGUUCUGAGUGCACACCAGGUGAAUCCAAGAGCCAAGAUAAAAAGGAGAAGGGCAAUUACAUCAUGUAUGCGAGAGCUACAUCGGGAGACAAGCUGAACAACAACAAGUUCUCCAUCUGUAGUGUGCGCAACAUCAGCCAAGUGCUGGAGAAAAAGAGGAGCAACUGUUUUGUUGAGUCUGGUCAGCCCAUCUGUGGAAAUGGCCUUGUGGAGCCAGGAGAAGAGUGUGAUUGUGGCUACAGUGAUCAGUGCAGGGACCAGUGCUGCUAUGAUGCCAACCAGGCUGAUAACAAGAAGUGCAAAUUAAAGUCCAACAAAGUCUGCAGUCCCAGCCAGGGUCCCUGUUGUACCCCUGAGUGUAGCUACAAGGGGCGCAAUGAGAAGUGCAGGGACGAGUCGGAGUGCGCUCAUCAUGGCAUGUGUAAUGGAGUGAGCCCCCAGUGCCCGUCAUCUGAGCCCAAGGCCAACUUCACCGCUUGUCAUGGCGAGACUCAAGUCUGUCUGAAUGGAGGUUGCUCUGGCUCUAUUUGUGAGAAGUAUGGACUUGAGGCGUGCACAUGCGCCAGCCAAGAAGAAAAGGAUGAGACGGAGCUUUGUCACGUAUGCUGCAUGGAGAAGAUGAAUCCCAACACGUGCAGCAGUACCGGGUCAGAGCGUCUGGCUCGUUUCUUCAAUAAGAAGGUGACCACCUUGCCGGCUGGCUCACCCUGCAAUGACUUCAAAGGUUACUGCGACGUGUUCAUGAAGUGUCGUCUGGUGGAUGCGGACGGCCCUCUCGCUCGACUCAAGAAGGCCAUUUUCAACCCAGAGCUCUAUGAGAACAUUGCUGAGUGGAUUGUGGCCCACUGGUGGGCAGUGCUGCUGAUGGGGAUCGCUCUCAUCAUGCUCAUGGCCGGCUUCAUUAAGAUCUGUAGCGUUCAUACACCCAGCAGUAACCCCAAGCUUCCUCCGCCGAAACCGCUUCCAGGCACUUUGAAGAGGCGGCGAGCGCAGCAGCACGCCAGCUCCCAGGUGCAGCAUCAGUCCCAACAGGGCGGCCACGGCGGUCAGCGGCAAGCCCAGAGGCAGCCUCAGAGGCAGGCCCAGCAGCAACAACACCAGCGACACCACCGUCAGCCCAGAGAGAACUAUCAGAUGGGGCAGAUGAGACGCUGAGACACCGCCGCCACCCGCCCCCCUCCCCCUCUCCCCGCCACUCCCCUCCAAUGCCUUGGCUCCUCCUCGUGCCUACAGUGGGAAACAUAAGCGUCACUCCAUCCAAAGAAAAGCCAGACAUGGUUGUUGGUCACCACCGUAUCCUCCAUCUUACUGACACGCAAAGAGAAAAAUCCAGCAACUCGACUGGCUUCAGCCAUUUCCAACGCCGUGCAAUCUAGCUUCUUUUUUCCGUCUUCAUCUUAUUUUUGUUCAUUUCAAAGGAGUGCCAAGGAGUUAAAGAAUCAUCAGUAGCUUGAGUCCACUUUUGCAAUGUGUUUUGGUUCUAUUGCGAUGUCGUCUCGAGUGACAUGCUGCCUGUGGCUGCCGGUGAAUUGUCGCGUGCUUUUCUUGCGCCGUUCUAGCCACAAAUGAGAGAGAGAGAGAGAAAGAGAGAGACACUCGGCGGGGGAUUGGCGCUACGUUUGUGAUUUCCACAUGCCCGAAAACGGCGAAGGACACAUGCUCCGGUCUCUUGUGCAGACAGUCUCCUGCAUGUGACUGUACAUAUUUAGUGUAUCAUAAGUGAAAACGAACUAUUUCUUCUACUGUAAAUGUGUAAUUCUUCACUCUUUUUUUUUUUCUCUCCUUCUUCUUCUUGGUUAGCGCUCUCAGGACUUUUAACACAUAAAUAAAAGGAGUGAUGGUUGCUAGGAGUUCCUUGGAUGUUGUCACUGACGAUCUGAUGCUGUCAGGUCUUCUCUGCGGUCGUCCAAUCAGGUGGAGCUCAUUCACUUUGGGUUACUUAUUUCUCUAUUUCUCUACCAAGUCACCAUAUCCCCUUUUUUCCAAGGUCAUCUAGAUUUCUUGCUAACGUGUUGCUUGCGUUGUGUAACAAGCUUCACGGGAGAAAGGGAAGGAUCGCUCUGCUUGUUAUAAUUUGUUUUUCUUUUACCAAUUUAAUAAAAUUUUUAGCUCUAUGAAGAAUGAAUAACCACUAACUGAACCUAAUGAUGAGUGAGGAGAAGGGGAAAGUUGAAAGCUGCUGCGGCUUAGUUUAGAAGUGAGUGUUAGUGACAUGCGUGUGGAAAUAAGUUUUAAAAUGCCUCAGUGUGGAUGUAUUCAAAAAAAAAAAAGUAGGUUCAUCAUUCUAUUCUUGCUCUGAUAGCAAACCUUAAGAACUUUUGUGGGCGUGCAAAGGCAUUAAUUAAAAUGUGACUAUUAUAAUUGACUUUGGUCUAUGAUAUUGGCUCAACACUAAGCUGACAACUGUUAAUGUGAAAAGAAAGGAAGGCAGGCUUGUUGAGGCAGGAUUUUCACACAGUUUGACUUUGCUACUUCACCUUCACGGACUGACACUUUCCAGCUUGCAUCUGUGGUGAUUUUUCUUAUUUUAUUUUUUUGCUCACAUCGAAGACGGGAAGCAUCUGCAAGCUUCAUUUGAAGGAUCCGACACACCUCAGGUGUUCUUUCCUGUCACAAAAUAACGCUCGAUCCUGUCACCUUGACAUGAUUCAGGCUUUGCUUUGGCGAAUAGGCUAAUAUUUUGGCACUAACAAUAAAGCACAUCAUUUUACAUUACAUAUUUCUUUGGGGUUUUUUUUUUUUUGGGGGGGGGGGGGGGGGUUACUGGUCUGAAUUGAGUAUAUCUUGGCAUUUUUACGUUUAAAAUGCAUGCAGUUCAAAUCACAACUAAUGUCUUACAACACUGUCCUGAGGGUUGGAAUAAUCCCAUGUUUUGAUCCAGAUUGAAUGAGGAAACGUGUGACAGUUAAUGUGACAUGGCAGAUGAAUCAGGCUUGUCAUGUCUGCAUAAAAAAAGUUUUGUUGUUGUUUUUGUUUUUUUAACUGUCAUAUUCGUGGGUCCAGAACAUGUAAACUUGUACAGUACUUUGAAAAUUUGCAUUUCAUUGAAAACUAACAAUUACAUUUUGAUACAUCUUAUUUUUUUAUUUUAUUCCAAUUCUAAGAUGUUCAUAUGUGACAAACGUCUUAAGUUAUUUAUGUUCUCAUAUGUUCUAGUUCAACUGGAGUUUGCUUAUGAUACUUGUUUUCUCCUCUGUCAUCAAUUAUAUAAAAAAAACAAUUGAGUGUGUUGGAUUUAAUGUGACAUUCUCAUUUUAGUCUUUGUUAUCCUGUGGCAUGGUUUGGCUAGAAGAGCAGAAGAAUAAUGCCUGUAAAUUUACUUUUCUUUUCAUUUCGUAGUCUUGGUUUAAAAAAAAAAAAAGAAAAAAAAAAAAGGUUUUUAGAUAAACACGCACUGCAAUGUCCAAAUUGAUUUUGAAUUGUUGUAGGUGAUGUAGGCCGAAAGAACACGAUUAAAAAGUAAUACUACUGUCUGAUUUUAAUGUUCACUGUGUUUUAUACAGUAUUGGAAAUUUUUGUUCACUUUGAACAUUUUUACUAAAAAAAACAAAAAAAUUCAAUUGUAUUGUGCAAAGAGAUGUAAUUUUUUGGAGUACUUGAAAUGCAUUAAUUAAACGACUCAUUCAAUAAAAUAGACCACUGUUUACUGUCA